CCACGUUAUUCACUUGUAGGCCGACGAUCUGAUCAUUCGCGCGUGACGAAACAACCCUGUUCCUUGGUUGGCCAUUAUUCUCUCGUCUCGAGAGAGAAUCAUUUUCCAGCAGAAGCACUUUGCAUCGAUACUUCAUUUUAGUAUAUUCGUAAAUUUCGUUCGACCUUUAGGAAAUUAAUCUUCGAGAGGGUGAAUAUGAAGACGAUCGUGGUAAUUGGAUUGGCCCUGGCGAUGUCUGGCGUUGCACUCGCGCGAGAUCUGCCUGAGUUUAUUCACGUUUGCAAGAAGAACGAGCCGAACCUUUCUGAAUGCAUAAAAUCAAGCAUAAUCAACAUGAAACCGCAGUUGAAGACUGGAGUGCCAGAUUAUAAAAUACCUUCUCUGGAGCCAUUGCUGUUGAAGGAAUUAACAGCUACAGCAGGAGGGAACCUGAAGUUGAAGAUAACGAACGCUAUCAUUCACGGUUCCAGUGAUUUCUCAUUGACGAAGCUGAAAGCCAGUUUGGAAACAUUGACCUUCACAGUCGAUGUGGAUCUCCCACAUCUUUCCAUCAGUGGCAACUACGACAUCAAUGGACGAAUAAUUCUCCUUCAUAUACGGGGCAAUGGCCCGAUGCAAGGUAACUUCACAAACUGCAAGGCAGUCGUGAAGUUACAAAUGAAGGAAUUCAAGAAGGAAGACGGCGAAAGUUACCUAAAAGUAGCCGAGCUUAAGACGAAGAUACUCGUCGUACAAGACGGCGCUCUGCGUCUGCAAAACCUCUUCGACGGUGAUCCAGUUCUCGGCGACGCGGUCAACAGCGCCAUCAACAGCAACUUCAACGGUUUCGUCACUGAAAUCAAACCAGCUGUCGAGAACGCCAUCUCGAAAGCGUUCAUAGACAUUGCAAACGGUAUUUUACAACAGUUUCCGUACAAAAUGCUCUUCCCAGAGUCGUAAACACAGUCGAGAAAUAUCGUAGAUGAUAAAUUCAAGCAUCGAGAACAGCUGUAACAUCGUCUCGCUCAACUUUGAGAGAUUCUUCUGUUUUAAGUACGUCGUUGAGAAACGAAGAUUACGAU